AUUGGUCGCGGCCUUUGUCAGACGCAAAAACGCAAGCUCUGCUUGGCGGUGUAUAAGUCGGUCUUCUCACCCAUCGAUCGUCCCAUGUCAUAUCCCACACUUUAUCUCUCCUCUUCACGUCGGUUCCUGCCGUCUGUCCUGCAGCUCCUCGAUCCGAUGGGCGCAGCUGAUCGUCUUUGGGUAUUGGUGGUUCUCCUCGUCCCAGCAUGGACUCCCUUCCCGUCGAGCUGGUCCAACUCGUCUAUCAAUAUUGCGAUGGCCCCUCUGUAAGAGCCCUCCGCCUGGCGUCAGGCAGGUACGCCGACGUGGGCUACGAAUACCUCAUCGAACCGCACUUCAACGCCGUCGAGUGGCGGGACGACAUCUCUCGCCUGCGCUCCAUCGCCGGCAGCGACCGCCUCCGCGGCAGCAUCCGGUCUCUCACCUUCAACUUUUCCAAAGUCGACGAGUACACCGCCCGCCACACCUCCUUCUUCCAGCACUGGUUCGAGGAGCCCGGGGAGCGCAACGCACUCUUUCAGGACGCCUGGCAACGGUACUACGAGCUGGAAGAGAACGCCCGCAAGCUCCCGCCCUUCCACGCACGCUCCUCCACCGUCGAGGAAGCCUUCAAGCGGCUACCCAACCUCAAAGAUCUCGAAAUCACCCUCACGAAAUGCCCCUACAACAUCCCCCUCCUCCAGGAGGUCUUCCAGGCCGGCGCCGGCCGCAAGCACAACCGCAACCAGAUCUGUAAGACGAUGAACGGCAUCGUCUCUGCAAUCCGGCACGUGCGCCUGUCGUCGCUCUCGAUCGACCAGCUCCCGCUCGAGGUCUUCCGCCUCGCCGACGACCGCCGCCACUGGUUCGACUGCGCGCGCUCCUUCUCCAGCCUGUCGCGCCUGAGCCUGGUGCUCGACCCGCCCCCCAACCUGCUGCCGUCGGCCCGGCACCGCGCCAUCAACGGCCUGGGCGGCGUGCUGCACUACAGCGUCAACCUCACCCACCUCAGCCUCGCCUUCCACAACCACCACGCACCCAUGCAGAAGUUCCACCUCUCCUUCGCGGCCCUCUUCCCCGGCGCCGGCGGCCGCUACGGCCACACGAGCGGCGCGGGCGGGUUCACGUACACCAAGCUGACCGACCUCAAGCUGGAGGGCAUCAGCUGCGGCGAGGAGGACCUCAAGGGCUUCAUCCUGCGGCACGGGGCCACCCUCGAGCGGCUGCGGCUGGGCGGGCGCGGGCUGGCCAAGCCCGACGAGUGGAGCACGGGCGGCGUGCACCUGCACGAGGGGUCCUUCCGCGGCCUCUUCUCGGGCCUGCGCGGCAAGAUGCCCCGUCUCGGCCGCUUCCACAUGGAGGGGGAUGCCGCUGCUGGUGACUUCAUGGCGAGCUCGCGCGAGGUGUAUGUGUUUAGCCCCGUGACGGAUGAUGAGUGGGAGCCUAUCCCGCCUGGUGCGGUGAAGGGCAAGCGUAUGGAGCGCCGCCGGGAGGGGCUGACGUGCGUCAAGACCGUGGAUUGUUUGGGGCUGGAGAAGUUCCUUGUGGACGGGGGCGAGUAUCCGAGGCUGGGGAAGGAGGUGGUGGACAGUGAGUGAGGCCUGUCUCUUUGGGGGUGGUCACUUUGCAAGACAAACACAUGCGAUAUAAUCUUUCAUCACAACAACACCAACAACACCAACAACACACGACACGGAUGUAAAUAUUACGACUCACGACACUCACGACUCGUUCGGU